ACGUUAUGUGUGGCGACUGAGGGAAGCUCAGUGAAGUACAGUUUAGCUAAAGUGCUCUAAAUAAAGCAGUAGUGCACACAGCUCUCGAUCAGAUAAGAAGCCCCAGAAUGACCCAGUCAACUGAAUUGAUCAUGGAUUGUGCCCUGUUAAGAGCUGCAACUUGAAAAUAAGCCUGCCUGAAUAUGACCUGAACAGAGGAGACAUUUAACAAGAGACACAGCUUCAUCAGAAAUGGCUAAAACAGGGCUUAAUGAGUGACUCUGGUCUGUGCAACAUUGAGUGAAACUGUGUGUUGCUCCCAGUAGAAACAUUCAGCAGGAACAGAAUCAAUCUUCAACAGAAAGACAGCUUUCCUUUUUUUAUUGGUGCACUCUUGUUUUGAAAGGCUAAAUAACUGACCACACAGGAUAUGGAGUGGCGUAAAGGGACUCAUUUUUGCUAGUGCAAAACAGAUCAACAGUGGCUUAAACCCCUCUCUUUGCGUGUGGGGCCACACUCACCCUCAAGAUGCUCCAGACCAAUAAUUACUCGCUGGUUCUGCUGAUCCAGCUUUCUCUUUUGGCCUUUGACUUGUUCGUCAACUCCUUUAGCGAACUUCUGCGGACCGCUCCAGUCAUCCAGCUGGUCCUAUUUAUAAUCCAGGACAUUGCUAUCCUGUUCAACGUGAUCAUCAUCCUGUUGAUGAUGUUCAACACCUACGUCUUCCAGGUUGGACUGGUUUCUCUGCUGCUGGAAAAAUUUCGAGCACUGCUCAUCCUGUGUGCACUCUAUCUCACCCUCAGCAUCUGCCUUCACUGCUGGUUUGUGAACCUGAGGUGGAUGGAUUCAAAUCGUUAUGUUUGGAGCAACGGUUUGCAGGUGCUCUUUGUGUUCCAGAGACUAGCUGCUGUGUUGUACUACUACUUCUACAAGCGUAGCAUAGAGCACCUUGGGGAUCCGAGACUGUACGAGGAUAGUGUCUGGCUUCGGGAUGCAUUUGCUCGAGCUCGACUGUGACCCAGGACCAACAAACAAGAUGGAAAUCAGUGUUGAGCCAACAUAUUAAGGUUGUGACGAGCAACUGAUUUGCCCUCAGUGCUAAAAAUCGACAUGACCAUCAAAAACAUCAUGAAAUGGAAUCAGUACAUGAGCAGUGAAGAACUAAACAGACUCUUCUUCAGAGCCUGAAUGGAUACAAUAAUGGAGCAACUAGAUGUGCACUUGAAUGUCAGUGUAAGUGCAAGCUAAAGCCCGAGGAACAAUGGAAAGCAGUGCAACACAAACGGGACAAUGGGCUCUAAAGAUAACCAAAGGAUUUCUUCUAACACCUGUCACAUUUAUGGAGUAGGUCUGCUUUGUAAAAUGAUAAAUCCUCAGGUAUUGGGUAAUCUUACCAAAGUGUAGUUUUAUUUUGUUUUUAAUUGUUUAGAAUAUUUGACUGAUAUUGCAAUUAAGGGCUGGUAAGCUCAGGCUGGUAAGGUCUAUUUUUUUUACUGAGCAAUAAUUAGUUCUAUGUACAUCCUGUGACAAUGUGAUAGUGUACAUAAUUUUUACUACAGAUUCCAAUAAAUGAAAACAAUUUCAUUACCUGUUUACUAAA